GAUACGCCGCUGACCAAUGGCGAGUGAGCAACACAGAGGAUUUUGAGCGGUGUAUCCAAUGGCAGCGCGCGUUUAAGAGUUUUGGGGAGUGCAUAUAAUCAACAUAUUAUCAGAGGUGCUUGGUUAUUGAUCCGGUGUUCCGUAGGUAGCACGAUUCCGCCUCUGUUGGACGUUUCGGUUUCGCCUCAGUCUUGCUCAGAGGGAGUCAAAUUCAAGCUUAAAAUGCCGAAAAGAAAGUCUCCAGAGGGUCCCGAGGGAAAGGAGGCCCCCAAAGUCACAAAGCAGGAGCUCGAGUUGAAGUCUAAGGAGGAUAGCACUGAUCCCUCUGUCCCUGUCUCUCUCUCCCUCUCUCUCGUUGAUCAUCCUUUCCCUCCGCAGCCCACCCGACGGUCCGAGAGGUUAUCCGCGAAACCCGCUCCUCCCAAGCCCGAGGUCAAACCCAAGAAAGCCGUCGUCAAGAAAGUGGCAGACGAAAAGGUGUCAAAGGUCGCAAAGAAAGGCGGAGCUAGAGGAAAGAAAGAGGACGGCUCCGCCCACAACGGAGAUACGAAGAACAAUGAGAUCUAUGUGUCUCGUCCGUGUGUGCGUGUGUCCUCCAUCAGAACCACAGCGCCCUCUCUGAUGUCAGUGCGGGGGCAGAGCGAGACCGUGCGGGUGAAGGGAAUCUGAGACGGCGGAGGAGGCGACUGAGGAGAAGGCGUGAAGAAACUGGACGCGGCCCACCGGACUCGUCCCCUCUGACCCCAUGGCAGCAAACAUCUUUUUUUACCGACGAUUUUUGUACCAUGUUGACUUUUUUUUAGACUUGUAAUAUUUUAGACAGACAACCCUCACCCCCAUGACACUUACUUUAUCCAUAGACUAUAAUUUGACUUUUUUCCCUCUUCCCUUUCUCCUCACAAACUCUAUUUCCGCUCAGAAGACGACAGACAAAACGGCGACUUGUUAUUUUUUGAAUCGCUGCGAAUAUUCUGACUGUUAUGAAUUUUGGCAGCUGUUUUUUGUACCGUUCCCAUCGUUUCUGUCGUUUCCAUCGUUCGUUUAUCGACGCCGUAGAUCGACGCUGCAGAAAAGAUUAGCUCAAAUUAGCCGAAACUGAGAAAAUGUUUCUUUUUGUAGAAUUUAUGACUAGUUUUUAUUGAUUUUGGACACUUUUUUUGCGUCAAGUUCCAAGAUAUUUUAAGAAUAUAUAGGCACUUUUUUAUCUAAUAU